AUGGGAGAAUAUAGUGUGAGCGAUAUAUCACAAGAACUCGCUAAGCAUUUGGAUUUUUCCGAAACUAGUAUAGAAACUGUAAAAGAGGUUCAAAACAGUGUCGAAAAUGUAACGUACAAAAUGGAAGGAAUCCGACAAUCUUUGGAACAUGUAUUUACUCUUCUAUUCGAUUGUUCUAUCAUAUUUAUUCCUUUAUUUGUGACAUCAUUGAAAUCAGUAUCGAAAGAACUUUAUGAGGCUGCUCAUCAUUUGGACACUUUAUAUGACAAGAUAGAUACUUUAGAACGUUUCAUCAAUAUAGUAAAACAAACAGUUAAUGAUGUAACAAACCGUGUAGAAGAAGCCGAAGCAUUCAUUACUAAUCCUAUUAAUCUUGUCUUAGACACUUUAAAGAUAAAUACAUCCAAGUCAAUAGAACCAUCUGAUUUGAAACUCCCUCCAAUGCGAUCAUUGAAUAUUUAUCGUACAACAGAUUAUUUCCCUCCGGAAGCCGAAACUUCUGAACAAUUAUAA